AUGGCCAUCACAUCUCAAGACAACCUUUUGAGUGUGCCUCCAAGUUCCAGGAGCUGCUCGCUAUCUGCCCUGUGUAAGAAUUCUUCAGUGCAGCAGUGCGAGGAGACUGUGAGACCAUCCAGCGACAGUAUGGUGUCGUCGUCUGGGCAUGUGACCAAGAGGAAGAAGCGCAGAACAGAUUUAUCUGCUGGAUUUGGAGGCAAUUCUACGAUGGGGCUGUCAGAUAAUGUGCCACUUGAUGGCCUGCAGUGGGCAAAAGAAGCUGAGCCUGCUGCUACAAAGUCCCUUGACAUCAGUCAGGUUGGUGAGCUUGUUACGCUGAGCACUAAAAAUAAAAGCUAUGCGAAGAUCAAAGCCAAUGAAACCAAAGCUCUAAAAAGGGUGAGUGCUGGAAAGAAGGACAGAGAUUCUUCUAUCAGCCAAUCAAAAAGAAAUGUGGACAAUUAUAGUAAUGUACGAGUGGAUACUGCAAUUCUAUCUGAAACCAACGAACUGAGUAAUAGUAAGAUAAACAUUCCCAAGCCUGCAUGUCCUGCUGAAGAUUCUAGUCGCAUGGAUUCUCUGGAGGAAAUGGUGCCAUUGGGCAGCUAUGGUUGGAAGGCGAACUAUAGUUCCCAGCACUCUGACAAAACCACAGGUUGCACAACAUCUUCUUGGAUAGACCCAGCUCCUCCAAACCAUGUCAAUGGCUGUAAUGCUUUGACCCAGGAAGUAAAAAAAAGAACGUUCUUGGGAAAAAUGAAGAAUUUAGGAAGUCAGUUCCAAAAUCCAGAGACCAGUUCAUUAAGCAAUAAAGUACAGCAAGAUGAAAAAAGCCAUGGCUAUGAUGUGAAACGUAUGUCCCAAUGCUCUAAUAAAGCCAAAGAUUGCAGAAGAACCUAUGUGGUAGAUCCAGGUCCUCCAGACGAUGAGAACGAUUGUGCCCUCUUUAUACAUGAAAGUAAAAAAAAGACACACUUGGAUAACUUUGAGGACCUAGGAAGUUGGUUCCAGAGCCCAAAGUCUAGCUCAUUAAACAAUAAGGCCCCACUGAGCACCAUCAGUACACAACAAUUGUUUGGUUUUCAAACACAGAUCCCUAGCCAAGAAGCAACUCUAGGUCUAAAUAUAAAGCGUAAAAAGCCAAAGAGGAGGACCCAAGAAAUUGAUGUACCAUCUAGGUUUGGUGAGAUAGAGGUACAAAGUGUGGAUAUCAACAUGAAUUCUCAAAUUCAAGAAAGUAAAAGUGACAUGCAAGGAAGUAAAACCAAAAAAGGCUACAAGGGAGAAACAGCCAAAGCGGGCAGGGACAAUACACAGAGAGAGCAUUGCAGAACUGAUGUGGAAGUGUUUGAUCUGAGUGAAAAUGCUCCAAGAGUCAAUAAAAGAAAAAAUAAGACUUCAAAAGUCAGCCUUAAAUCCACGAGUCAAGCAAACACCAUCUCUCCUGCAUCUCAAGGGAGCACACUAUCUACGUUUCCAGUUUUAUUGGUUGAUGAAGCGACAUCUGUUGACAGUGUCCAUAGGAACUCUGCUAAGAUGAGCCCAAAGGUUCAGGGGUCCUCAACCACUCAGAACAGCUCUAGUUCAAACAAAACAAAUAGCAGCUCCUCACAGAAGGCAUAUUGGGGUGUUGACAACAAUGUGAUUGGCUUAAAGGAAAGGGUAGACUCCACAGCCAAGUUAAAGAAGAGAACAUACACUGUAAAGUAUGUGACGGAAGAGUGUGUACCUUCUGGUGUUGCCCUUCAAAGUCCAGCGGAAUGUAAAACCAGUCAAAUAGAUCAGGCAGGAUGGAACUUUCUCCGGGCUCCAAGUUCCAGAACUCUGCGAGAUUCUCUUAUUAUGGAUGUUACUGAGGUGCCACCACCUCUGUUUGAUUCCUUAGCCAUAUGCACCAAUGCUCCUGAUUCUUCUUCAGUUGGCCAUUCUAAGAUCAUGUUAUCCAGUUGCCAGAGCUUUGGUCACUCAUGUUCUAUGCUUCCAGCUGCUAAAGAUCAGGGGAGCACAGAAAGAUUCUCUGCUUUGCCAAAAAUCUUGACGGUCUCCAAGAAAGAUGAUGCAAAGCCGUUGGCUUCCACCAGACAGGAGAAAAAGACAGUACAAGCAACUCCUGAAACACUCCCGAAAGAAAACGAAAACAAAGUCCUGAAAGAUUUGACCAAUGCUAGCCCAAGUUCAUGCCAUUCCAUCCCUCUAGAAGUCUCUCCAACACGUCCAAGUAGACGGAGAAACAAGGAAGUUUGCUACGCAGAGCCCAAGAUCAACAGGAAACUCAGGCGUGGUGACCCAUUUACAGUUACUGACUUCCUCAGCUCCCCUAUCUAUAAAACCAAAAGUAAGAAAUUGACUAAAGGAUCUGGAAAGUCCAGGAAAACCAAGAAAAUGAAAGAGGAGGACGUGUAGUCCUAGUUAGAUUUCAUAGCUAUUUUGUAGGAAAUAAUUUUAUUGCUAUUUUUAUAACUAGAGGUUCACUAUUAGCUGAUGUUUCUAGAGUGUGACCUGGUUUACACGUAACACCAAUUAGAGGGCUGCAAUGGAGCAUCUGUGUACACUGCCUCCCACCUGCUUGCAACAUCCGCUUUGCAUCCGAUGCCCAAACCUGGAAUUCUGGGCUGUUGAAAGACAAACAACCUAGGGUUUUAACCCAACAACAAAUCACGAGUUCAGACUCAGAAGUCCCAAGUGGGCUUAUUGCUGCCGUGCCCCAACUAAGUAUGGGU